UCUUCUCAUUGCUUCUCGAAGUCCAUUUGGGAGCUGCUGGUGCCGCUGUGAGCGAGUCAGUGCUUCAGAGCGAGUUCGGGUCUGCUGUUAUUAUAGAUCUCUCCGUCUGAGCCGACAGGACUGCCUCUCUCUCUCUCUCUCUCUCUCUCUCUCAGGAGUCUUGGUUUGUUGGAAGGACUUUUCUGGUGUGGUUUUUUUGAAGCUGAAGAGAAAGCUUUCUGGAAAAAUCCUCUCCUCUUUCCUCUCCUCCUCUCGUUCCUCUCCUCCUCCUCUGCUGAGAUGGCCUCUCGGAAGGCCUGGCUCUUCGGGCUGCUCCUGACCCUCCUCUGCUCUCUCCAGACCCCCCUGCUGACCGGGGUUCAGGGGCAGGCCCCUCACGAGCAGGGGCAGCUGCACCAGGACGAGGGCGGGGACAGUGAUGAAGGUGGGGACAGUGAUGAAGGUGGGGACAGUGCUGGGGGUGGAGAUAAAGAUGACAGCGACGAAGACGAUGAUAAAGAUGACAGCAAAGAGGAUGAUAAAGAUGACAGCGAUGAAGACGAUGAUAAAGAUGACAGUGAUGAAGAUGAUAGCGAUGAAGAUGAUGAUAAAGAUGACAGUGAUGAAGAUGAUGAUAAAGAUGACAGUGAUGAAGAUGAUGAUAAAGAUGACAGCGAUGAAGACGAUGAUAAAGAUGACAGUGAUGAAGAUGAUAGCGAUGAAGAUGAUGAUAAAGAUGACAGCGAUGAAGACGAUGAUAAAGAUGACAGUGAUGAAGAUGAUGAUAAAGAUGACAGCGAUGAAGAUGAUGAUAAAGAUGACAGUGAUGAAGAUGAUAGCGAUGAAGAUGAUGAUAAAGAUGACAGCGAUGAAGACGAUGAUAAAGAUGACAGUGAUGAAGAUGAUGAUAAAGAUGACAGCGAUGAAGAUGAUGAUAAAGAUGACAGCGAUGAAGACGAUGAUAAAGAUGACAGCGAUGAAGACGAUGAUAAAGAUGACAGUGAUGAAGACGAUAGCGAUGAAGAUGAUGAUAAAGAUGACAGUGAUGGAGAUGAUGAUAAAGAUGACAGUGAUGAAGACGAUAGCGAUGAAGAUGAUGAUAAAGAUGACAGUGAUGAAGAUGAUGAUAAAGAUGACAGCGAUGAAGACGAUGAUGAUAAAGAUGACAGCGAUGAAGACGAUGAUAAAGAUGACAGUGAUGAAGAUGAUGAUAAAGAUGACAGUGAUGAAGAUGAUAGCGAUGAAGAUGAUGACAGCGAUGAAGACGAUGAUAGCGACCAAAUAGUCAAGAAACACGAUGGAGACAGUGAUGAAGACGAUGAUGAAGAUGAUAGCGAUGAAGACGAUGAUGACCAUGGCGAUAAAGGCAACGACAGCGAUGAAGACACCAAAGAGGCCCGCGAUGACAGCGACGAAGACGAUGAUGAAGACAGCGACGAAGAAACGGAUUGAAAAGGACUGACGUCACACUGAACGGGGACUCAAAUGACGUGGUGACGUUUUCACUACUGACGUAUUUCUGUCUUCAUCAAUAUCACAUCAAAUAUCCCAGCAUUGGGUCCUGAACUUGACGGAGCUGCUAUCUGGCGCCCUCUAGGGGAGAGCAGCGGGAUUGCAACGACCUGCUGUUCCUUAGUUAGUUUCAUGGUCAUGGUGCGAUGUCAUGACGCCUCAAUCAUACAAAAUAAGAAACGCAAGGCUGUGUGGUCCAGUGGUUAAAGAAAAUGGCUUCUAUUAUUUAUUAGCAGACGUCCUUAUCCAGGGCGACUUACAAUUAUUACAAGAUAUCACAUUAUUUUACAUACAAUUCCCCAUUUACACAGUUGGGUUUUUACUGGAGCAAUCUAGGUAAAGUACCUUGCUCAAGGGUACAGCAGCAGUGUCCCCCACCUGGGAUUGAACCCACGACCCUCCGGUCAAGAGUCCAGAGCCCUAACCACUACUCCACACUGCUGCCCUUAGAGGUCCCCGGUUCAAAUCCCACCUCAGCCACUGACUCACUGUGUGACCCUGAGCAAGUCACUUCACCUCCUUGUGCUCCGUCUUUCGGGUGAGACGUAGUUGUAAGUGACUCUGCAGCUGAUGCAUAGUUCACACUCCCUAGUCUCUGUAAGUUGCCUUGGAUAAAAGUGUCUGCUAAAUAAACUAAUAAUAAUAAUCAAAAAAAUAAAUUUUCUGUUCCUCAAAAAAACCCAAA